CUUCUAUACAAGGAAGUUUACAGUUGCUGGUAAAGAUUGUCCUACAGUGGCAAAAUACGUGUGCGUACAGUUACAGCCACCUGUAACAUAUAAUAUAAAGUUCUUCACUGCAAGCAAGCCAUAGUAACGGACGCCUACUUACGCAAUGGCUCUGUUUGACAACUGUGUUGUGGUUUUGGAGCUGAAGAAUUUGCCUUAUAAGGAGAAGAUGAGGCUGAAGCUGGCAAUAACAGAGAAUGGGGGCAGCAUUUCCUAUGUGAUCAAUAAGCAGUGUACUCUCAUAGUGACGAGCAGUGUGUCCAGUCUGAGCUCCAGUCGGGUGCGGAGCAUGAAGAAGCACCAGACUCCAGUAGUAGGGGUGGAGUAUGUGUCCCGCUGCCUGGAGAAGGGAGUCCUGCUGCCUGUAGAGGACUACUGCCUGCCCCCCCCUACCUCUCCCUCUCUUUUCCCACCCAGGCCUGCCUCUCCCUUGCCCUCUCAGUCAGUGUUGAAGGUGACGAGCCAGCCGGUUGCAGAACAGAAGUCUGAAGUUCAAGCCAAGAAGGUGGGGAAUCAGAAGAGAACUGGAACUUACCUGAGUAAAUUCAGAGUGUAUACUGAAAGUGACAAUGAUCUUCCAACAUAUCCAACAAUUUUCCUUGUGGCCAAAUACUCAAUUUUUGAAAAGGCUAACAGCAGCACAUGGUCGGUGUUGGAGCUGCAGAGUAGCAGCGGAGAGGGGGGGCAGCAGCAGUACCGUGUGGUGAGGUACUGGAGAGAGGACCAUGGUGCUAAGUCAGCAGCUGUGCAGGACAAGCAGGUGUUCCUCUCUGUGUCAGAGGAGGCUGUGGAGGUCUACCAGACUCUCAGGAAGGAGCUGCAGGUCAGAGGACUCACACUGAGGACCACCCUCCCUCCAGAGGCUCCGGACCUGGGCUCUGCCAGCCUGCAGCAGCUGCUGCUGGAGGAGAAGCUGAGCUGCAGCAGCCUAUCACAGGAAGUGGGCGUGUUCGUGGAGCUGCUGUGGGCAGAGGCCCUUGGUUGUCUGGACAAUGUCCUCAAGGUUCCAAUCACCAGCCUCAGUCUCAACGAUGUGAGCAGGGCUGAGGGGCUGCUGCUACAGGUCCAGAGGAGGCUGAGGGAGAGACAGGGGGAGGGGCCAGACCCUGAGGUGGCCUCUCUGAUGGAGGAGGUCUACACCCUCCUUCCACACAAAACUGAUCUGUCCCACCUUCCUCUCCACACUAAACUCAUCUCAUCGCGACUGGACCUCUGCCAGUUGAUCAGAGACGUGCUGAAUGUGAGCGAGGCCACACUGAGAAGCCCCUUCCCUUCCUGUCUGGGGAAGUACCGCGCCCUAAGGUGCAGCAUUGAAAGAGUUCCCGCUGGUCCUGAGUUUCUGUAUGUCACCGAACUUCUACAGGACAGACAGGUGCAGAUUUUACAGGUGCUGAGAGUAAACAGAGGGGUGGAGCUACAGAUGUUUAGGGAGGAGCUUGGGAAUGUUAAGCCCCUCCUCCACUCCUCCAGCCCCAGCAGCUUUGUGGGGAUCCUGUCUCGUGGUCUGUUGCUGCCCAGGGUUGGAGUGGAGCAUCAUGGGAUUGAGAGAACAGACAUUGGGAACUUGGGCGGUGGCAUCUACUUCAGUGAUUCUAUGAGUACCAGUUUGAAGUUCUCUAAGCCCAGUGUGACGGACGGCUGUCGGCUGCUGCUGGUGUGUGACGUGGCAUUGGGGCGCUGUACGGACCUCCCGAAGAGGGACAGCAGCCUGACUCAUGCCCCUGAGGGGUACCACAGCGUACAUGGGGUUCGCCGCAACCCCAACACACCCUCUGAGUUUGAGGAUGAUGAGUACGUGGUGUACAGCCCGGAGCAGGUGAGGCUGCAGUAUGUGGUACAGUUCAGACUGGAGGAGGACCAGCUGAAGGACUUCCAGCCCACCAUAGAUACUUCCUCUACCGAGCUGCCACUUCCUGUCUCUCUGUCUGACCUCUUGUCCCGUGAUGAGGCUGAGGAGGAUGUUGGGAGCUGUAAGAACCCUCUGGAGGAGAUGACUGCAGGCCUGUUGGACUGCUCUGGACAACCACUCCCCCUACAGGCUGUUCAUGUCAGGGCCAGGCUGAUGGAUCUGCUCUCCCAGGUCAUCAUCUUCCAGACCUACACCAAUCAGAGCACCGCCCCCAUCGAAGCCAAGUACGUCUUCCCAUUGGAUGAUUCUGCUGCUGUGUGUGGCUUUGAGGCCUUCAUCAAUGGGAAACAUGUAGUGGGACAGGUGAAGGAGAAGCAGCAGGCGCGUAAAGAGUAUAAACAGGCCAUAGAGAGAGGCCAUGGAGCUUACCUAAUGGACCAGGAUGCACCUGAUGUUUUUACCAUCAGCGUUGGGAACCUGCCUGCCGGUGCCACCGUCCUUAUCAAGGUUACCUUCGUCACCGAGCUGGUCGUCAUGGAGGGCUUGAUCAACUUCUCGUUGCCCGGUAGUGUGGCACCAUGGCAACAGAGCUCAGCGCUCAACCAAAGGACUCAGGUGACUUUGGAAAAGGUGUGUGUGACCAGCCUGGAUUCCCAAGGGCAGUUCAGUCUGGACAUGUCCAUUGAGAUGCCCAAUGAGAUCAUCAACCUGCACUGUCUCACACACAAAGUCAAGAUCAAGAGGACAGACUGUAAGGCUGUGGUGAGGACAUGUCCAGGUGAGACUCUGGGUCCAGAUGGGUUCCUGCUCUGCUUCAGUCUGGCUCAGAUCCACCUGCCCAGGAUGUGGGUGGAGAAACACCCAGACAAAGACAGCCAGGCCUGUAUGUUGGUGUUUUACCCAGACUUUGAGCCCAGCCCCAGCUCCAGCCCCAUGUCCACCUCCAGUGAGGUGAUCCUGCUGUUGGACUCGUCUGAGUCCAUGAGAGGAGAAGCUCUCCAGAACGCCAGGAGAAUCGCCCUGCAGCUCCUUAACACCCUGGACCACCACAGCGUUCGAGUCAAUGUCAUCUCCUUUGGCUCAGACCAGAAGGAGGCAUUCCUCUCUGCCAACCCUCUAGUCGAGGCCCUCCAACCAGCCAAGGAGUUCAUCAUGUCCUCCCCACCUGUUGGGGGCAGCACUGAGCUGUGGAGGCCCCUGCGCAGCCUGAGUCUGUUGCCUCCGUCGCGGGGCGUGAGGAACCUGCUGCUACUAUCAGACGGCCACAUCCAGAACCAAACCCUGACCCUGCAGCUGGUCAGACAGCAUGUCCAGCACAGCCGCCUCUUCACCUGUGGCCUCAGCCCAACAGCUAAUCGGCACAUGUUGCGGGCCCUGGCCCAGGCAGGGGGAGGGGCCUAUGAGUUCUUUGACACAAAGAUAAAGCACACCUGGCGAGAGAAGAUGGCGUGUCAGGUAAAGCGUAUGGUGUCUCCAGGCUGCAGCUCUGUGUCUGUGAAGUGGCAGCAGUUUAACCCCUCAGCUCCCCCUCCUGUCCAGGCCCCCUCUCAGCUCCACGCACUCUUCACUGAUUGCCACACCCUGGUCUAUGGCUUCGUGCCACACUGUACACAGGCCACUCUUCUUGGAAACCUGAGUGGUCAGAACAUUGAGACCAUGGUGUCCACCACUGAGCUACAGAAGACCAGGGGCACGUUCCUUCAUAAGCUCACAGCGAGAGCCGUUAUCAGAGACUAUGAGGAUGGCAGUCUUCACACCAACGAGGCCGAACAUGAGGGGAAGAAAUCGGUGAUGAAGUCCUUCAUCAUUGAGCUGAGCAAAGAGUUCUCCAUCCUGUCUCAGUUCACCAGCUUUGUUGCCAUCGAGGAGAGGGACUCAGAGCAGCCUGACGUGGGCUUCACAGAUGUUCCCAAACUCAUCUCAGACGAGGACGUCGACUUCUUACCUUACCUUCGCUGGCAGGAGGAGGAAUAUGAGGGAGAUGGGAUGGACUCGGGAUCAGACUCAAUGUCAAACUCGAAGGAUGAUUGGCCGGUGCGUGUUUUCUGCAAAAAUAUCUGUCAGGAGAGGGGGGUGGAGGAGGAGUUGGAGGAGCUUGGAUCGAUGGUUCAACUCCAGGUGGAUGACGAGCCAUGGAAAGGAUCUGUGAAUAGGAACUUACGUACCAAAUUCCUCUCUCAGAGUGCUACGGAUGAGGUGUCUCUUGGUAGGAGACAUGAUUCCUGUCAAUUCAAGAGCUCUGUAGUCUCAGCCAGGCCAGUGAUCGCGUCUGCUGCUACCGAACCACCGGAUAUGACUGAAGGAGUUGUGAUGGAGAGAAUCAUGAUGGAUGAAGAGAUGGAGUGCUAUGAUGACAUGGACUUUGGUUUACAGGACUCUGAAGACCCCCUUGGUGGCUCAGUAUUCAUGCAUGCUCUGUCCCCUUCUUACUCCCCAACCUCUCCAACUCGCCACACAAUUCAACCCUAUAUAAGAACGUCAUUCGUUUCGUCAAUCAACGCAUACGCUGCUUCCAAACAGCUGGAUAUGACUGUGGAGACAACUGUGGAGACGGCGUUAACCCCUGAGCUGUCUGAGACCUUCCAGUCUCUCCCAGAGAGAGUGAGGUCGGCAAAGGGUGGAGGGGCAGGCUUUGGACGUGCUGUCUUUGGACGGGUGGGUGGACACAGGAAGGUUUGUGCCGAUCCGGCCUUUGACCCAGUAGAGCCCCAGAUUAAGUCUCUCUCUGUUGCUGAUGCUCUUCGUCCUCCUCCCUCUGUUCCUCGUCCUCAGCGCAGGUCUCUCCUUGUUGCUGAUGCUCUUCCUCCUCCCUCUGUUCCUCAUCCUCAGCCCAUUUCUCUCCUUGUUGCUGAUGCUCUUCCUCCUCCCUCUGUUCCUCAUCCUCAGCGCAAGUCUCUCCUUGUUGCUGAUGCUCUUCCUCCUCCCUCUGUUCCUCAUCCUCAGCGCAAGUCUCUCCUUGUUGCUGAUGCUCUUCCUCCUCCUCCCUCUGUUCCUCAUCCUCAGCGCAAGUCUCUCCUUGUUGCUGAUGCUCUUCCUCCUCCUCCCUCUGUUCCUCAUCCUCAGCCCAAGUCUCUCCUUGUUGCUGAUGCUCUUCCUCCUCCCUCUGUUCCUCAUCCUCAGCGCAAGUCUCUCCUUGUUGCUGAUGCUCUUCCUCCUCCUCCCUCUGUUCCUCAUCCUCAGCCCAAGUCUCUCCUUGUUGCUGAUGCUCUUCCUCCUCCCUCUGUUCCUCAUCCUCAGCGCAAGUCUCUCCUUGUUGCUGAUGCUCUUCCUCCUCCUCCCUCUGUUCCUCAUCCUCAGCCCAAGUCUCUCCUUGUUGCUGAUGCUCUUCCUCCUCCUCCCUCUGUUCCUCAUCCUCAGCGCAAGUCUCUCCUUGUUGCUGAUGCUCUUCCUCCUCCUCCCUCUGUUCCUCAUCCUCAGCGCAAGUCUCUCCUUGUUGCUGAUGCUCUUCCUCCUCCUCCCCCUGUUCCUCAUCCUCAGCCCAAGUCUCUCCUUGUUGCUGAUGCUCUUCCUCCUCCACCCCCUGCUUCUGUCCUCUGUUCUCCUGGUCCUCCUCCAUCUCGACUACAGUCUCUCUCUGCCGCAGUUUCAGAUUCUCUUCCUCCUCCCUCUGCUCUUGUCUCCAAUGAGUAUCACGCAAUUAGAUACCAGAUGGGGGUUCAUCCCAGACCUGGAGUUGGGGCUGUCUCCCAGGUUCUCAAAGCAAGGUUUCCAAUCAGCAAACUUCACGGCUCUUUGCACGGGGCCACAGCCAGUACAAGUUCAGUUCCAGGUUUGAUGCCGCCUGGUGGUUUAUUUGGGGUUUCUUCAGCAGGAGCAGCCAUUUCUGUUGGUGGAAAGUGGCCUCCACCUUCCCUUAGCCUUGCACCAUCAGCAAAGUUACAUUUUGGGGCUGCAACUGCAGGCGGACCACCUCAAGGCUCGCUGUUUGGCUCCCCUUCAACCAGUUCUAUGACUACAGGUUUAGCAGCCCCUGGUGUCUCAUUUGGAUCUCUUGCGGGAAUGAAGGCCAUCCCCCCACUCCCUCCUCCUGGAGGCUCAGCCCCACCAACGGGGUUCAGUUUUAGGGCAUCACCUACUGGCGGACCACCUCAAGGCUCUGGCAUCUCCCUUUUACCCACCACUAAUGGCGCCCAUCUGACCCGUCCGUUAGGGGCCUUACAUGGUUCUACAAGGUCCAGUUCUGAGGCCACAGGGCCACCUGGAUCCUCUCUGUUUGGUAGCUCUCUCAGUACACUACAACAACAUCAUGUACUACCACAAGCACAAAAACAUCGCGGCGUAAAGAAAAAAGGACUAAGGAGGGGUAGUCUUGAAUUCACAGAGAAUACUCUUGAUGUAGUAAAAUGGACAGAGAUUUUUGCCCUCCAGCACUCUGAAGGUUAUUGGGAGUGUUCUGCCAGCCUGGGUUCCCUCCUCUGUGUGGAUGUGGACUACUUUGCAAACGUCUUCCUGAAGAAGAAAGGCAUCAGCUCUCUAGGUGUGAGGGCCCAUGCUGACAUCCUGAGGCUGGUGGCCAGUCUGCUGGUGCUGCAGCUGAUGAGGGUGAGGAGGCUGGAGGAGGGGAAGCUGCUGCUCAGCCUGUUCCGUCUGGACCUGGACCACUCUCCUCCUCAGCCCAGGUGUGAGCGCUGGGAGGCGGUGAGGAGGGCGGUGGACUGGGUGUGUUGGGCAGACAGGGAGUACCCGUGUGUGUGCAGCAGGCUGGAGUUUGGCUGGGACUGGGAGUCGUCCACUCGCCAGCUCCUGGGCAUCGACCCCCCACACCCCCUCUCUCCCCUUAUCCUCCUCAGGACCAGAGGGGGAGUGAGGGCCCAAUGACUUCCAGAAGAAGAAAGGUGUAUGACCAGUAUAUCUGCAGCUUUUGCUUUUACUCUUUCGCUUAUUACGCAGUUAAGGUGUUAUACUAUACUGACAACCUUUUCACUGAUGCACUUUUAUUCAAAUCAGUUUUGUAAUUGAAAUAUGUGCUUUGUGGGGUAAUUCCAAAUCUUUGCAUUUAAAGGUGUGAUUUUAUGUUUGCUCAAAAUACAAGAACGAUCAUUUCUAAAAUGUAUUGAUACUCCUCAAUCUAUGGUCAUUUUCUAUAUCCAUACAGCUGUCAUUGUGUGAUUCAGUCAUACUAAUAAGACCUUCCUCUAACUUUCUUCCCGUUUUCUGUGUCUGACUGAAAUAAUCAUCUGUGGUGGAUAAGCAGAGCAGCAGGGAUAAUGUGGUCAUGCUAUUGGUCACUAUUCAAUCCUUUUCACACAAACCUUGAAGCCUUUCUUAAAGAAUGUAUUGAUUAAAGUGUCUCUGUUUCAUGCUAUAUAAACAUAGUCAGCUUGAAUCAGUGUGUGUUACAGCAUGAAAGUCAAAUCCAAAAGAACCUGACUUGCUAGUGUUGUGUUCACUUACCAGGUUCACCACAAGGUGUCGCUAUAAGAAAGGCAAAGGUUAAUGACUGUAUUAAUAAAGAUGUAAAGCGAUGCACACUGGGUGAAGAAUACAAUGGAUGCCUACACCAUACAGUAAAGCCACGUUCGUCUUA